UGUCCUCCGAGGAUGUGCCUGAGAAGUUCACUGUGCAGUGUGAUUUUAUUUUACUUUAUCGCCCAGUUCGGUUUGGUCGUUAUGGUUUUGGGCCAGAACGAGGGAAAUGUAACAAUGGCUGGCGAAGAAUGCGGCAGCACGCAGAAAAUGGUGGAUGAGUGCUUCAAGGAUCUGCCGCCGCAUCUAAUGGAAUUUCUGCAGAACACAAAAAUCGUUAUCAGCAAAAAGGAGAUCACCGCCAAGUGCAACAUAUUCAACCGCGGCAUGAGGUGCUUCGAUACUUACUCGAAGCGUUGCCUGGACGAUCGAAAGCUGGGCACGUUCAAGAACAAUGUUGAAGGGGCACGAAGGUUUUUCUACAAAUUCUGCGGUGAUGCCGACUUUCAGCGUGACUACCUGCGGCACAAGGACUGCUUUGCAUAUAUCCAACUGGAUUGGGUCACCUGCACGGCCGAGUUCGAGGGCAUCCUCAGUGAAGAGGUGCACGAUGAGCGGCGCAACGCCAGCGAAAAGUUCCUCGAGUUCUGCUGUGCCCGGUAUGCGUACGAGAAUUGCAUCUACAAUAGUGCACGGUACAAGUGCUAUAAGAACUCGGCGGAGUUUGCCCGCGAGACGGCCAAAAUGCUGUCGGACGAGAAGCACUUCAGGAAUUGUGCUGUCCUCCAGAACAUCUGCGCCCACGACGCUGCCGCUGGUUUGGCCAAAUGGCAUUGGAUGGGGUAUAGGAUGACGAUGACGUUGCUGCUGAUGCUGCUGGUAGUGCGGAUUUGGCCGUAAAUCGAAAUGCGGCCGAAAACAUACAUAUAUAGAGUUUGGUACUGAGAUGUGAUGAGAUGAGAGGCUGCGGUUGUGGCUGCUGGUCCGAAUUUGGGGUUCAUUUCGAUUUUUGUUUUUAUUUUUGUUUUUGGGUUUCUGUAGUUGUCCCAACGAGAAUGCCAAGCAUUUUGUAGAUCCCCUUAGAGAGACCAUCACCCAUAGAUAUGAAGAAGAUAAAAGUCUCUAUCUACGUGUCUGUGAAUUUUCCAGUGUCGUUUUUAUUUCCAUGUGGGGGGAGGGGAGGGCAAGGAUGUCCUGGGCGGGUCACUGGGUCGGUUAGCGGCACUGGUUUUUUUUUCGUUUAAUUCGUAUUUUAAGCUAACUUAAAUGCAUAUUUCAAAUAAAUGAAUAUUCACGUUGUACUUGGCUUGUGGUUUUCACUCUGAAAGGUUAUCGAAAGGAACGCUUGAAGCCCCCUUUGGUUUUCUCUCUUCACUGGGAAAUCUAUUUUAACCGGCAGACGAAACUAACCGCAGGUGGGAAGGACAAUAAGAAAGUUCCAGUGAAACCGCAGACACAAUAUUACAAAGGAGGUGGAAUAUUUGAAUUUCAAUAUCGAAACUAACACCUGCUGGGGAGGAAAAAUGAAUUCACCGGAAAACUUUAAGUUCAACCUGUAAAUUACACCACAAUCUUUAUUGCUUUUUUCGUUGUUUUUCGUUGAAAAUGGCAUGAAUAUUGAGCAGAAACUUUGCUUUGUCAUUGAUUUUGAUUGCAGUAAUGGAAUACAUUAUGGUUUUUCCUUUUGGCUUUUCUUGUUUAAAUGCAUUUAAAAGGAAGAAGUUGGCUCUCUGUAUUGUUUUUACUUUGCUU